CGGUUCAGUCUGAGCGCGACUGCUCCCGGGCGCGUUCGCACUCCAGCGCACGCAGCCGGCUCCGGGAGCAGGAGCGGGGAGAGCGCCUCCGGCCGCGCCGGCCGGAGCACCUGGACACCUGGCCCCGCUCGGAUCUGCCUGUACCCGCUGGAGGAGCAGUGGGGUGGGUGGGGUGAGCUGUGCCCCCAGGGCCAGCACAGACACUGACCUAGCCCAACCUCCUUUUUUCUUUUUCUUUUUUUUUUUUUUUUAAUUUUUUCCCCUAUAUUUUUUUUCCUUUAUUUUAUUUUACCAGCUCCAAUUUAGCCCAGGAUCUUUUAACUGCUGCCAGCGGUGGAGCGCAGAUCGGGAUUAGCUAUUUUCCUCCCCUGCUCCGAAGAUCCUCCUCCUGAGCGGCCACCAUGGGAAGUAAAACCCUGCCGGCCCCGGUGCCUAUCCAUCCUUCCCUCCAGCUUACCAACUACUCCUUCCUGCAAGCAUUCAACGGGCUGCCCGCCGUGCCCUCUGACCACCUCUCCAACCUCUAUGGCUUCAGCGCCCUGCACGCCGUGCACUUGCACCAGUGGACUCUGGGCUACCCGGCCAUGCACCUGCCCCGCUCCUCCUUCUCCAAAGUCCCCAGCGUCUCCAGCCUGGUGGAUGCGCGCUUCCAGCUGCCGACCUUCCCACUCUUCCCACAUGUCAUCCAGCCCAAGCAAGAGGCCGCCAACAUGACCCUCAAAGCCAAACCCCGCUUUGACUUUGCCAACUUAGCAGUGGCUGCCACACAAGAGGACCACUCUAAACUGGGACAGGCAGACAGUCAGGGCUCACCUGCAGGGCUGGGGUCUUUGCUUGAGGUGACUAAACUCUCUCCAGAAAAGAAACCCACACGGGGAAGGUUACCGUCCAAAACCAAGAAGGAGUUUGUGUGUAAAUUCUGUGGCAGGCACUUCACCAAGUCCUACAACCUUCUGAUCCAUGAAAGAACCCACACCGACGAACGGCCCUACACAUGUGAUAUUUGUCACAAGGCUUUCAGAAGACAGGAUCACCUGAGGGAUCACAGAUAUAUCCAUUCUAAAGAAAAGCCUUUUAAGUGUCAAGAAUGCGGGAAAGGAUUUUGCCAGUCCAGAACACUAGCAGUCCACAAGACACUGCACACGCAAGUAAAGGAACUGAAACCCGCCAAACUUAAGUGUUGAAUCUCCAACUUCUGUGAACUUUUCCUCCCUUUCAGACUUUACACCAAAACUAGAGCAGAAACAAAACUUUCAGGAUGGGAGCACUGGACUUUGUGCUUUGUUUUUGUUUCUACUUUAAAAAGGGCAAAAUCUGUGCCCCUUCAAUCCCCUGUCCAAGCAAUUAACUUUCUAAGUCGUGGGCAAAAAGAUUAUUUUGAAUUUAAAAUAUAUGUGAAUGAUACAGAGAGCGCUAGAUGACUUGUGUGGCUUUGAUAAACUUUAUGCCAAAAGGUGGUGCUCACGUGUUGGACAGGAAUCUCUUUAAAACCAAACAAAAACCCACAAGACACCCCCGACCAACCCUGCCCCCACCCAAAAAAAACCCCAAAAAACAAACCAAAAUCGUAGCUUCUAAAAGUAUUACUUAAGAAAAUCCAAACUCUUAUUUUAUACUUUUUUUUUUUUUGACUGUAUAAAGCUUCUUAUUUUUACACUUCAGGAAAUACAAAAAAUUCCAGAAGACAAUUAAGAACUGAAAAGAUGGUUUCUCAUCACAGCACCAUUGAGACAAGGAGAGGGGCAACUUGCAAAUCUCAUUUGCUGGUUUGUUUUCAGAAAAGGAGAAGAAAAUUAAUGUUUGGAAAUGACCUAAGUCUCUCAAGUGGAGAGUCCUAUCAUGUGUUAGAAAAUGCAUCCAGAUCUCAGACCCACAGGUUCCUGGUGUUGGGACAGAUCAGUGUUCAUGGGACAUGGAGAACUUUUUUAUUACCUUGUGGUCUAGUGUGCUGUGAGGAAGUUUGUAACUUCUGGACUUAUUUAAAAACCCAGAGGAAAGAAAGAUGGCAAUACGUCAAACUGACGGUAUGCACAACGUGGUUUUAGUGGUACUAAAAGUCUUCGUAUGUCCUGGUGUGAAAGAACAAAUCUCAACUUGAGAGCGUAUUUUUUUAAAUGCUGGCUUUCUGAACAGUGUAUUCAAAUUAAGAGACAUUCCAAUAAGUUCUGUUUAUUAAAAAAAAAAAAAAGUUGUAUGGCUGUUUGGCACUUUAUGCUGAUUAUUGGUAAUUGACAUUUAUCACUGGAUUGUGUGUGGUUUUUAAGUAUUAAAAUAAAUUGUUAUUUUACAGGCAAA